CAAAGUUCACGCCGCACGCCGCGAUGACGAUUAAAAGUUAAAACACAAAGUACAUUAUACUACUGUGAUUCAAGUAAUUAAGUGAACCGGAGGGAGUUUCCAUAAUCAGUUUGAAUUUGAUGUUCGAGGCGUAACGUGUACUCGGUCGAGAGUUCCGUGGCAAUGUGGUGGACGACUAGGGAGUAUCUUGUUAUCAUCUUGAAAUUAGCCUUAUCGUUCGUAUCGCACGGUAUCGGGAAUGUACUAAUUCGUUUUUGGCCCGGUUUCGAACGCCCUGUUGUGGAAGUGCGCCAGGGAAAGGUGCGAGGGGUAACCAGUGAGCUUCCGAAUGGAAGAAAGUAUCACUACUUCAAAGGAAUUCCGUACGCAAAGCCACCGGUAGGUGAGCUACGUUUCCGGCCACCGGUACCACUGGAGAAGUUCAAUCAACCCGAGCUCAACUGCAGCUCUGAUAAGGGAGACUUUGUGCAGCCGCAUAUUGUACUUAACUGGCCAGUUGUGGGCUCUGAAGAUGGAUUGUACUUGAACGUCUACACGCCUGGACUACCGACAGAGAAAAAUGCAGCCAAAUAUCCCGUCAUGGUUUACAUCCACGGAGGUGGACUUCGUUUCGGAACAGCUAGUUCCUUCAUCUACGAUCCCAAGCAUAUUGUGCAACGAAAUGUGAUAGUGGUCACCAUGUUCUAUCGACUUGGUCCGCUGGGAUUCCUGUGUCUACCCAGCGUUGGUAUCAAUGGUAACAUGGGUCUCAAAGAUCAACGCCUAGCUCUCCAGUGGGUACAAGAAAAUAUCGCUAAAUUUGGAGGUGAUGCAGAUAAUGUUACACUAUUUGGAGAGAGUGCAGGAAGUUGGUCGACUUAUUUGCACUACUUGUCACCCAAUUCUAGGAAAUACUUUCAUCGCGUGAUUUGCCAGAGUGGAGACGCGUGCACGGAAUCGUCGUUCCAAAUAGAUCCAGAAGGAAAGGCAAGAAAGCUUGCUCAAUUGCUGGGAUGUUGGGGAAGCUCCGAUCAGGAUGUUUUAGACACCUUAAUGAAGGCUCCUGCAAGCUCGCUCGCAAAGCUGCAAAACGAUGUCAUCACCCCGGAAGAGAAGAGCUGCGCGAUGCGCUUCAUCUUCCGACCUGUGAUCGAGCAAAAGCUCUCCGAGGACAGCAUCAUUACGCAAACGCCAGAACAGUUGCUGAAAUCGUUCGACACACUCCAAAUGCCAAUGAUGUCGGGCGUUACAAGCGCCGAGGGAGUUCUUGCGCUUAAUUUGAACAAGUACUGUUUGGAGAAGUUUAGCAAAUAUGCCGAGGACUGGCUGGUUCCACGUUUUAUGAGUUCCUCGGAGGGAUUGGAUCGCAAGGCUGUUGUUGAGGAAGUAAAACGGUUUUACUUGGGAGAUAAGGAUGUUUGCUGGGCGACGAUCAAUGAAUCAUGUGCUCUCUUGUCGGAUUUUACUUUCGUUGGGACAACUAACCUGAGUGCCGAAUGGAUCGCCAAGUAUCAACCAAAUGUGAAGCAUUUCCACUAUUUGUUCAACUUUGUUGGACGAAUGAACAUAAUGAAGCACCUGUUUAAUGUCGGCGCAGUAGACGGAGCAUCCCACGGCGAUGAUAACUUUUACUUGUUUAGCCCAAAGGUUCUCCCCGAAUUGUCGGAUGCUAGCGAUGAGGCCAAAAUGCGAAACAUUUUCAUCGAUGUUUUUACUAACUUUGCCAAAUUCAACGAUCCUACUCCAGACGAAAGAACGCUAGGGUUCAAGUGGACACCGAUUGCAUCGACGCAACGUGACUCGGAAUCGUUUGACAUAGAUUGUUUGGAGCUGAAUGUACCACCCCGAAUGGUUCGAAAUCCUAGCCAAGAAAGAAAAGAGUUUUGGAGAGCUAUGCUGAAAAAACACACUAACUUGUUGUAAUUGAACCAAUGAUUAAAAGUGUUUUUGCUACUCUUGAAA